AGAUGGAGAAAGUGUUUCAAGUGUUUGAAGAGAAAUAAACUUUGUGAAGAGAAAUUUUUUUAUAACUUAGAAGAAGAUUUCUAUUACUUGAAAGUUUCUUACAAACUUUAUAUUUUUUCUUGAUAAUCCAAAAUGAGAAGGGAGUGGAAGUAUUUAUAGCUUUCAUAGUAUAAAAUAUUUUAAAUAUUUUAAUCCUAAAUCUAGAUAAUUCUAGUAUAAUAUUUAGAUUAUUUUAUCCUAAUUAUCUAGAUAAUUCUAUAAGAAUAUCUAAAUUUUUAUUUUAUAGAGGCGGAUGAUUUCUCUAGAACUUGGACUAAGUUUUGGAUCAACACAUGAUUAGCCCAAUAAUAUUUGAUCCAAAUCAAGUUUAUUUUUCAACAAGUUUGUGGCGGUCUGUCAUGUAAAUUUUACAGUGACCAGUUAUGUGAUAUAUUCAGCUGAAAUGGUUGCAUGGCAAGUAGCAUUUCACCAACAAAGUACGUCUGGAUUAUUGUAACGUUUACGUUUUGAUAACAUACUUAUUAAUAUAGGUUUUACAAUUAACUUUUUUCUCAAAAGCAACGCAUAACGAAGAAGGAUGAUCAUGUCUACAUUGUUUUGUUUCUUCUUUUCUAUAGCAUAUUCUCUGCUCCUUUCAUGAUAAUUUGUCUAUAUAUCUGUGAAGAAACUAAGCGGUUCAGCUUUCAUUUCAUUCUAUUAAAGAUGGUCAUUAAUCAGAGCUAAAAUACAUGCCCGUUUACUGAUCACGUCUAUACCCAAAACGUUCCGAUUAUUAUCAGUCUUUUUAAAGUACCAAUUAUACUAUCUUAAGAAUUUUUGUCCACGUAUGAGAACAAGACAGCUAGAUGACGUGUGAUAACUCAGUUGUUUGAAUGAUGAGGAUUACAGUCAGAGAAAGGAUGCCAAACGGCCCGUACAUCUUCCGCAUCAUAAGGAAAGAACCCAAUGUUGUGAUCUGUACGGUUCUAAAAAUAGUAUUCAGAGAUAAGUCAAUUGGACUAUCAUUAAUGUAUGUCAAGCAAGUCAAUAAUUAGCACCCAGCAGAAAACCAAUAUGAGCACGUUAAGCAUCAACUACUUUUCUGGUGAACAAGCUCCGCGUUCACUGUUAGGUGAAAUUGCCGUCAUUCGAGCGACUAUUUUCUGAAUUAAAUAUUUGUGGGAAGUACAUGUUAGAAAAGGGAGCCCAAUUUAUUCACGCAGAAAAGAGAAUAUAUUUUUAACCCACAAGUUUUGACUCCAAUCUAUUCACACCCGUUUACUUUUGAAUAUAGCCUCUUGAAGUCUAUAAACUGCCACUUGAAGUCUAUUAUCUAUACUAGGGUUUCUUCACUACAAAAUCCCGUAUCUACGCAAUCCAGAUCAAUUGAAAAGCCAAUCUGAAAGGGCAUCUGAAUCUUUCAAUUUGUCUGGUUCGUUGUAUUUUUCUAUAUUUGUCAAACUAUAACCUGAACCAGACAAACCAUAUAAUAAAAAAAGAUUGAGAAUGUGACCUAUUAAAGACAAAACCAAUCCAAACAAGUGUAGGUUUCGAUUCGUUCUAUACAUAGAUCUUAAUUAAACCGAAACAGUAAAGACUAUUUCCGAGUCCAUGCUAAAUUUCUCAAAAACUAAUCAAUGUACAAAUUACUGGUUAAGCAAUGGAGUUCCAAGAAACAAAAAACGUUUUUUAGAAAAGGGUUAAAAAACGUUUUUAUGCAAUAGGAUUAGAUCAUUCAGAUUAUAUAAAAAAUGAAAUAAUACGAGCCGUUCACUACGCUCACUGAAACUACACCAUCUUAAUUUGCUGGAAAAUAGGCCCUAGGAUGUUUGCAUUCUUUGUUCAACAUAUAUAUGAUGCUUUGAAAUCUACCAAGUUGCAACUAAGAUAAGCCAUAUGAACAUUGAGUAAAUUUAAAAAAGUCAAUGAGCCAUUACUCAUGUUCUGAAAGAUCGAUUGAGAAUUUGUUUUUAUUUGACAUUUCCACAAGAUUUGAACUUCAUAACCUAUACAAAUUGGACUUUAAUAGUUGCAUGCCUUCCCUACAUGUGAAAACAAUAAAACAAAAAGCAUUACCAUCAUAUUAUUUUUUGGUAAUGCUUUUAGUUGUAUUGUUUUCUCUUAUAGUUAAAUCUUAAUCUGAUGGGAAAAAAAUGUAGCGAGUAUAUACGAUGUUUGGUUUUUAUUUUAUAACAUUAACUAGUUACAAUCUUGUAUAAAUUAGAAACAUAAAGCUGGACAAAACUCUUGUAAUAUGUUAUUUUGAGAAUUAUUUUAUUUAGAACUAACCAUUUGACGGAUACUAUAACACUUAGAAACCAUAUAUAUUAAAAAAAUAUAUGUUAGAGCAUAUAUAUACUGAGAUGUAACAAGAUUUAGGAAGAUUUAAGAUUGUCAACUUAUCAUUUCGUUUCAUAGUGAGCAAUGAGGAUAACCUAUGAACUAGACAAUAGUUAUAUAUUAUAUAAAGUUCAGAAACGUUAAGGCAUGCAUAUAUUAUAUAAAGUUUAGAAAAGUGAGGGCACUUUUGUAGGACUUAUAUUAAGAUAGUAAUUAUUUCAUUUGGUGAGUCGACCACAUGAAAUGCUCAAGAGACAUUUUAAAUCGUUAAAAGACAUUUUGACGCUUUCCCCAUCAUUGAUGUGUACGGCCUUAGGCCUUUUUAGCUAUUGCUACUGGCAUGCCAACUGUCAACCUUCGUAUAUAUAUCACCAAUUUAGAACAAUUUCACAUAAUACUUUUUAUAUAACCUGCCCAAUCUAUCGAAAACCUUUUUACGAAAUGAUACUGGAAAUGAAACGUUUUUCUUAUGAUUUUUUUACUCAGUAUCAUUUUUUGUUAAAACAUUGUACUUAAUUCAUAGGAAAGACUUUGCGGAUGUUGCUUGAUAAAACCUCACGACUUCUGUAUCAAAAUACCAAAAUAAAAAAAAUGUCGAUUGAUAAAUCAGAAAGGAUUAGGUAUUUAGGUUUGUUCUGGGGUUAGUAAAUACACUUAUAACUUCUUGCAUAGCGUAUGUGUAAGGCAAAACUCAAAACAUAAAUGUGGUACGCAAGUAAUGAACUAAUGAUCAAGCACGUAAUAGCAGCUACAUUAUGGAGAAAGAAUAUGAAAUUAGUUCUCAAAUUCUAAAACUGAAUUGCCUUAUCUUUUUCCGCCGUUUAUAACCAAAAUAUAUAAGUACACAUUUCAUCUUUGGACCCACCUAACCCUACCUACAAUAGGAUGUUCAUAUUCCCCCGGGCUAUAUAUAGUUGCAUUUCUCAAUCUCCCAAUGCACCAAACACACAACAAAGAGCAAUAAACAAUUCUCACCCCACUCAAGAUCUUUCAUCCUACUCUCAACAUCUAAAUGGCUUCUAAUGAAGAAGGCUCUAUUGGAACCUCCUUGCAUGGAGUCACUGCAAAAGAACACGUCUUCUCCUUCUCUGCCGAUGCUUCAUCCCAAGUUGUCCCAUCGAACGACCCAACUUCUAAAUUCGCCCUUCCUGUUGAUUCGGAACACCGGGCCAAAGUGUUCAACCCACUCUCAUUUGCUAAACCUCACAUGAGAGCCUUUCACUUAGGAUGGAUCUCAUUCUUCACUUGCUUCAUCUCAACCUUCGCCGCUGCACCUUUAGUCCCCAUCAUCCGUGACAACCUCGACCUCACCAAAACCGACAUCGGGAACGCAGGAGUAGCCUCCGUCUCCGGUGCCAUUUUCUCAAGGUUAGCCAUGGGAGCGGUUUGUGACCUCCUCGGAGCACGGUACGGAACCGCCUUCUCGCUCAUGCUAACCGCUCCAAUGGUCUUCACAAUGUCGUUUGUGACCGGCCCGGUUGGAUACUUAGCCGUCCGGUUCAUGAUCGGGUUCUGCCUCGCCACGUUCGUGUCUUGCCAGUAUUGGACCAGCGUCAUGUUUAACGGGAAGAUCAUAGGGCUAGUGAACGGCUGUGCCGGUGGGUGGGGCGAUAUGGGAGGUGGAGUUACUCAGCUACUCAUGCCAAUGGUCUUCCACGUCAUCAAGUUGGCAGGAGCCACUCCGUUCAUGGCUUGGCGCAUAGCAUUCUUCGUCCCUGGCUUUCUUCAAGUAGUAAUGGGCAUCCUCGUCCUCACUUUUGGCCAAGAUCUUCCUGAUGGUAACCUCAGUACCCUUCAGAAGAGUGGUCAAGUCUCUAAAGACAAAUUCUCCAAGGUUUUCUGGUUCGCUGUGAAGAACUACAGAACAUGGAUUCUAUUCGUUCUUUAUGGAUUUUCCAUGGGAAUUGAAUUAACUAUCAACAACGUUAUCUCCGGAUAUUUCUUCGACAGGUUUAACCUAAAACUUCAAACAGCCGGUAUUGUAGCAGCCAGCUUCGGAAUGGCAAACUUCUUCGCCCGUCCCUUCGGUGGCUACGCUUCUGAUGUAGCAGCCAAACUAUUUGGCAUGAGAGGCCGGUUAUGGAUCUUAUGGAUCUUUCAAACCGUGGGAGCUCUCUUUUGCAUCUGGCUAGGUCGUGCUAAUUCACUUCCCAUUGCAGUUUUAGCAAUGAUACUUUUCUCAAUCGGUACACAAGCCGCUUGUGGAGCCCUCUUCGGGGUUGCACCAUUCGUCUCUCGCCGCUCUCUAGGGCUCAUAUCGGGACUAACUGGCGCCGGAGGAAACUUCGGAUCCGGUUUGACUCAACUGCUUUUCUUCUCAACUUCGAGGUUUAGUACAGCGGAAGGACUCUCGUUGAUGGGCGCUAUGGCGGUUUUGUGCACGCUCCCGGUUGCGUUUAUACAUUUUCCGCAAUGGGGAAGCAUGUUUCUGAGACCGUCGAGGGAUGGGGAGAGAUCCAAGGAGGAGUAUUACUACAGCUCUGAGUGGACAGAGGAUGAGAAACGACAAGGGUUGCACGAGGGAAGCAUCAAAUUCGCUGAGAAUAGUCGGUCUGAGAGAAGCCGGAAAGUAGCUUUAGCUGACUUUCCGACACAGGAGACUGGAAAUCAGACUAUUGUUUGAAGACAAUUCGCAAGAGAUAUUUCCUUAUAUAUGCAUAACCAUUUUAUAGUUUCAAAUUCGUGUCAUAACGUAUCUGAUUUCGGCACUUACGUAUAUAAGUUACUGUAAUCUCGUUUCAGUGAAAGGCAAAGAGUAUUCAACAAACAUCUUUUUCAGCAAUUAGAAGCAAUUUUCAGUCAGAUGUGUGUCAAGGGAUAACAAGAAAAAAUGUUCAUCCAUUAAGAUGCAUGAAGUGCUUAAGAGUGCACAUGAAAACUUUAUGAAACCAAGACUACGGAAGAAGCAAUCUAAAGAGUAAGUCUUCACAUCACUGAAACAGAUCACACACCCCAAAACAAAUCCGAACAGAGUGAGCAUGUGGAUAAUGUUUGUACACACUCCAUUCAAGAAAUUCUAUCAGUGGGAUAUCACAACAAGGAUACAGUCAAAAUUCUUCAGACUCUCCUCCAACCAUAUACAUGCUUCCAAAUCAGGGCAGUAAUAAAGAGUUAGCAUUAACAAAAACACAAUACUAAUGAACAAACAACAAAAAAUCAUCCGAAACAAAUACAAAAGAAAAAAGAUCACAAACCUAAAUGAUUUGUCGGCUCAUCCAACAGAAGGAUCGUUGGCAUAAUGAAAAGUGCUCUUGCCAACGUAAUCCUCAUCCUCUAUCCACCAUAAAAGUCUUUUGUCUUCUUAGCUUGCAUCUCCUUAUCAGAACCAAGACCAAGCAGUCUCAGCAACACGCUUCUCUGCAGAUGAAGCAUCCAUGGCUUCCAACCGCUCAUAGAUGGUAUCGAGUCACUCUCCACCUCCAUCAUCCUAAUUAAAGCCAAAACAAUAACCAACCUUACAAUCAGCAUCUAACAUAAAAUAUUGAAUUAAGCAUCAAUUCUAUUGUUCUUUCAACAAACCUGGUCAACAAGAGUUUUGAUCUCCUUCUCUAACUUCAAAAGUCUGACUUUCUUAAUUCGCCUAAACUCUUAUACUACCGGAUAGGUCCACUAUGUAUUUGUUGAUAUGGUGACAUUUUGAAGUUGUGAAUUUUUCAGUUCCUGAAAGGCCCAUUAUGUAUUUAUUGAUAUGCUGAAAUUUUGAAGUUGUGAAUUUUCCAGCCAUGUUUCCUGAGGAUAUUGCAUUAAUGUAUGUCUUCUUUAUAUAAGAAAUCAUUGUCUAACAGUGUUAUCUUGAUCUUCUGCUUAAUAUGAACUCUUAGCUAUCGCAAUUUCCUGGUGAUAUAGAAUGGCUCAACUAGCUUCGAUGAAAAGUGGUUCUAAGUAGAUAUGUGAAGGAGAGAUUAGGGCUUAAGAAAAAAAAAGGUUGCAUCAGACAGUGGAAGCCUUAUUUGUCUUGUAUGAAUGUGUCGGCUUAUGAUAACACGGUAUAGAUUGUUUUAAAUGUAAUUUGCAUCGGCGUUAAGUUUAAUCCUUUCUUCUCCCAAUGAUUUUUGCAGUCUUAAGGUGGUUUCUUUAUAGUUCAAGUGAUAUUUAACAGUUGUGCUUUGUUUACAUGAUAGGUACAAUCUUAAGAGUACGAUACUGAUGUAAAUAAGAAACUCCUCCUCGAAGAUGAUCAUGAUGAUUGAUCAUGAACAUGAUAGGUCUUAUCGAAAAAUUCCGUCAGCUUUUGUGUUCUAUUUCACCUUGUAGAUAGACUGUAGAAUGUAGUCAGGUCCACGAGUAUACAAGUUGGGAAUAGUUAUUCCUUGUAUAUAAAGUGUAAAUAGAUAAAAGCUGGUUCUACGUGGAAGUUGAAGACUCUCUCGUACAAGUAGAUGGAUUGUUGUUCAUUUGAUAUGAUGUAUCAUCAAGAUCUUAAUCAUUUCUUUCACCUUGUAAUUUAUCAUAUAUUUCUCUGUAUAUUUAAAACGCAUGUGCAUUUUCAAAUUUGUGACUCAAAUAUGUUUAUCUAAAUUUUUGGUAUGUGCAACAAAAAGAAUUCUUUUCUCAAAAUGAUAAAUGUGUCACUCUUCCGCCCUAAACUUUAUUUUCGAGAAUAGUGACCGGAUAUUCGUUGUAAUCUAAUUCUGUUUUUUGUUUGUUUGUUUAUGUGUCACUAAUAAUCUUAUUUUCAAGUCCUCGUUGGUUAUAGGGACAUGCAUAUAACCAAACCGAAUUUGUGAAUUAUAGUUGAACCUAGAAAAAUGUAAUUAAGCAUUGGUAAAGUAAAGUGUAAGCAUAUUCCAGUUUAAAGUACGAUAGGGUUCUAGUUUCCUUUCUAUAUCUCCCAACAUACAAAAUUGUUGAUAGUUUAAUUUUAUUUCAGUAUUUAAAUUUCUGUUAUUGUUUUUUCUUCUAAAAUAUGUGAAUUGUGAUAUUAAUAAAUAUUUUUUUUGUUUUUUUUGCUUAAUUAAAGAUAAUUUUUGUUCCAAAAUAGUUUUGCUAGUUUGAAGUAUCAUGCAUGUUUUCUAUUGAAGUUAUUGUUAUAAAAAGUUUUAAAUUUAGUAGAUUUUCUUUUAUCAUAAUCUAGUGUUAUUUGACUUGUUAUUUUAGGACUUUUUAAGCAUGAAAUUUUUAAAUUUUAAUUGUAUAUGUUAUAUUCGCAUAUUAUUUAUGAUGUUUUGUUAAUGUAACUUAUGUUUGAUGACACCACAUACACAUUCAUGUUUUCACUAUAAUUCUAUACAACCUAGACUGAAACUCAGAUAGAACAAAAAAAAACUGAAUCAUUGACUCAUAUUUGUUAAGUCAAUGAAAUCGUCUGGUUUGGGAGGAAGAUUCAACCAAACCGUCAAUUGGGUUACGUCUCCGUAUAAAAAUUAAUGUCUGAAAUGUUUUGUCCAGCGAAGAAGAAAGUUCGUCGUCCUUAUCAUCAUCAUUCACUCAUUGUAACAGAACUUUGGAAAUUAGCGUGGAGAAAUAAAAUAAAUCAUAUAAAAGUUUUACAAAAUACCAAAGUAGAGAAAAAAUGUGAACAUGAAGAAAGAAAAAAGGCAAAAGGCAAACCAUUGACUCCUAUAAAGGCCACAUGCCUUUCUCUUUUCUUUCUUUUAAUUUGAUAGAUUAUUGUUCUCUCAUUGUGGGUCUCAUCAUGUCCUACUUGUGCAAGAAGGUGUUGUGAAUAGAGUCUAUAUUCGGUUUACUUAUGUCUCUACUAUACACGUCGGUCAGUUUAUUUGUGCAGCAGUGAUAGUAGUUCAAGCGAGAAUUCAAAUGAAUCAAAUAGAUUGAAAGUGAUUUUUGUAGUGAUCACUUCGUUGAAAUGUUUGAUGGCAUUCUUAUUGUAUUCGUAUCGAAGGACAGUAACAAUCGAAUGGAUAUUCAAAUAGUAUAAGAAGUUGCAUUUAACUCUUAACAUCGAUGGAUGGACUUUGCCGUCAUUUUCAAAACGUAUAUGGAGAAAAGUCUUAUGCUCUAUGCGAUUUAAUUAAAACAUAUAGUAUCAUAGUCAUUGUAUCAUAAGCUGCCACUUUUAUCGUUGUUAGUUGUUUAAACUUUGUAGCUUUAUGUCUUGGACCUCCGAUAAUAGGAUUUAAAUUCAAAUGACAAGUGUGAAUAUGUUUUAUAAUUAGUUUGAAUUUUCUAUUAUCUUGAAAAAAACUGAAAUCGCACAUCUAAAUAUUACAUGUGAUAAUAAUCUAUACGAAGAAAGUGGAUCACGACACAACAAAUUAUAUAUGUUUUUCCACAAAAAACAAAUUAUAUAUGCAUGCAUGAAAGAAUCCUCGAAUAUUCUGGUUACAAUUUCGUUUUUAUCAAGAUAAUGAUGUGCAUUAUAAUUCUAUAACAUCUCCCAUGUAUUUCUUUCUCUUUAUUUGCCUUUUUCUUAAUUUUUCUUUUUCUUUUCUUUUAUGGUCUUUUGGUCCACUUUUCUUGGCAUGCCCCCACGUGGUAAGAACCCAAGACAAUCAUCAAGGCUAUGAAAAUGAUAAAAAUAACGGGGAAUAAUUUUUGGUCCCUUCUUUGGUUUAAGAUUACCUGGCACAAAACUAUAUAAAAAUAAAGAUAAAAAUAUAUACCGUUUUACUAUUUUAGUCAUUUUCUCUUAACCUUUUUUAAAAACACAGUCAUUUUCUCUUAACCAAAAUGUAUAAUAAAAGACCUCUUGCAUAGCAACCACCUUUAAUUAUUAAUAAAAUAAGUUUUAAAUGAGGAAAAUCAUGUGCCUUCAUGUUAUUCUCGACGACUCAACCAAACCCUUCUUAUAGCAACAUGCAGUAAUUGAUUUAAUUAACGAGUUUGGUUAUAUUAUAUAACUUUAUUUCUUAUUUUACCAUUUUCACUAGAUCUAUAAACUGUAUAUCGUUCCUAACCAUGUACAAUAUGUACAAGCGCCACGGUAGAAAAGAUUUGAAACGAAUCUUUAAAAUGUUGUUUCUUUAUUAAAAGAAUUAUAAUGUGGUCUCCUUAUUUCUUGGAUUCUUUUGGCUUAUACAUGAUUUUUUCAACAUGAAAUUUAAAUGUCUAGAGUAGAGAAAUCACUUGAAAUGGAAAUUCCAUGAUCGUAUGACUCGUUUUCUAGUUUAGGCCAACUCCAAUAAGGCACCAAAAUACCAAAUUUCAUCUACAAUAGAACACUAAAAAUUAUAUUAUUUCACUAAAUUUGGUGUAAUACUAUUUAUCACACCAAAUAUUUAAUAUAUAUAUUUUAUUGUUUCAUUUAAUAAUAUAGUUAUUUUUUAGUUAUAUUUACACCAAAUUUGUAACUAAAUAUAAAUAUAUUGUAUUAUUUUUAUUUUUAAAUGAUUUUCUAUAAUUAAACUUUUUUAUAUUUUUUCAAGUAAGAAAUCAAGAAAUGAUUGUUAUCAUUUAAUUUAUAUUGUAAAACAAUAUCAUAGAACUUUUAUAUUUUAUUUUUAAUAAUAUAAAAUCUUAAAUAGUAUUUUAUAAAAUAUAGAAAUUAAUAAUAUAAGUUAGAUAAGAUUAAAAUGCAUAUUAAAUUUGAAAUAAACACUCAAAACAUGAAAUAAAUAUAUUAUUUUGUUAUGUGCUUUUCAUAGUCAAUAGAUUGUAAACUUUCAUAUAUUAUUUUAUAUAAAAUGAAUACAUAAAAUUAUAAUAUUUUUCGAAAAUAUAAAUUUAAUUAAAUUUUAUAAACAUAAAAUUACAAAAAAUUAGCAAACAUAAUAUCUAAGUAUGAUAAAAUAAUAAUUUAUGAAUUUUAAAUUAUAAAAAAGAUAUAAAAGUUAUUAAAACUAAAAACAUCAUAUAAUAAUAUUAUUUUUGGUGUAAUAUUUGGUGUUAUGAUUUGAGAUGACAAAAAACAUAAUACAAAAACACCAAAUUUGGUGUCAUGGUUGGAGAUGCCCUUAUAAAUUUACAAAAAUAUAAUUCAACCACUACUAAUUUAUUGUCUUUUUUUUAACUAAGUCCUAAUUUACUAUCAACCAGCAGUUGAUUAAACUCUCCCGUUUAACUGUUAGUUUAAAGUAUGAUUAAAAAAGACAAUAAUUUGGAACAUUAUGGUAAAAUAUGAUAAAACUUUUAAUUUUUCUAAAGUGAAAAAGGCUUUUACAAAAUAAUUUCAGUUAUAUUUGCUGAUAAAAAAUGGAUAUAUAAAAGGAUGAAUUCUAUAAGCGUGUUGAAAAGUUUUUUUGUUACUUUUAUGUUAUUUAUUUUUUAAAUCCUUUAGUUUCCUCGAACUCGAAUGGAACUUUUUUUUGAACUUAACUCGAAUGGAACUUUCCUAGAAGAAAGUUGAAAACUCGAAAACUAGCAUGCAUAUAUAAUGAUGAUGAUCACCAUCAUGAACGACGUGCAUGAUGAUAAUAGAUGGAAGCAACACUAAUCAUGAUCCCAAGUUCUCAAUACAUGUUCAUGUACAACGAUAUGAAUUAAUAUUGAAUGAUAUGUCGCAUCAAACGCACAUGCACAAUAAGAAAUGAAUACGACGGCUAUGUUGAUGUUAGUUUUAAUUUCUUAUUAGUGACUGUGUUUAUACAGAAAUAAAUAAAUAAUUUUGGCUUUACUACCAUUAAGAGUGAGAGGAAGUAAGUAGUAACUAGAGCUUGAUCCGCGCACCCGCGCAGGUGUUAGUUUUGUUUAUAAAUGAAUAUUUAUUUGUAUAAGUGA